AUGCUUUCUGCUGCCAAGCCCAUGGCUCUGAAAGCCGUUGUAUUGCUGAAUGUUCCUGAUAUCCUUGCCAUUCAUGGCAAUGGAAAUCCAUUGUCUGUGGAGGAGAUGGCUGCCCACAUUUCUUCUUCCACCGGCAAACCUGCCCACACGAAUUACCUGUUCAGAAUUCUAAGAUUUUUGGCUUCAAUCAAAGUCUUUAGUGAAGAAAGCACAGCGAUUGGUGAUGGGACUACCCAGUUCAAAUAUGGGUUGACCCACAUUUCUAAGUUUCUGGUGAAACACAAAAAUGAGUAUUGCAGUGCACCUUUUCGGCUGGUGCCAAACCAGAAAGCCGGUCUGAAUGGUUUUCAGCAUUUGCAGGAAUCUGUGAUAGAACGCUGCGAUGCAUUCAGCAGAGCUAAUGGCAUGAGCUUCUAUGAAUAUAACUGUGAUAAUCCUGAAGCCAACACUAUUUUCAAUGAGGGCAUGGCCGGCCAUACCAGAGCUGUCAUGGCUUCACUGUUUAAGAUGUAUGAUGGAUUUAAGAAUGUGAAGAGUGUGGUGGAUGUCAGAGGAGGAGUGGGUUCUGCAUUGGCAUUAAUACUUGCACAACACCCACACCUUCAUGGUAUUACUUUUGACCUGCCUCAUGGUAUAAGGGCUUCAUCUCCUGUUUUGAGUGAGUAA